CAGUUAGAAUAACGGUGAUGUAAACAAACCAGCGGCUUCAAACACAACACCUCGCAAAUUUGAGGGAAAAAAAUGGAAGAUGAAGAGAAGACUGAGAACAUCUUUGAACUCAAGGAUGCGAGAUCUGUUCAGGAUCCCAUCCAUGAAUAUGGACGAACGUAUAAAGGAGUUCCACUGAUCAUUGACAAUGGAUCAUACAACUGUCGUGUUGGAUGGGCCACAGACCAAGAGCCAAGAAUAGUCUUCCGUAAUUGCUAUGCAAAACACAGGAAAGAUAGAGGGAAAAAACUGGCAGCGGAGAUUGAGGUAUUGGUGGCAAAUGACAUAAGCAACAUUGAAGCUGUGCGGUUCCAACUGAAAUCACCCCACGAUGAGAAUAUUGUCACUCAUUAUGAGGCACAAGAGACAAUGUUUGACUACACGUUCGCACACUUGGGCAUCGACACACCGCAAGUGGAUCACCCGAUUAUCUUGACUGAGGCGUUUUGCAAUCCUAAUUACUCAAGACAGUUGAUGUCGGAGUUGCUAUUUGAGUGCUAUGGCGUGCCAAGCAUAUCUUACUGCGUCGACGGAAUGCUAAGUUACCACAGGAACAACCUAAACAGGCCAGAUGGGUUACUUGUCAACAUUGGCAAUUACACAACACAUGUAACCCCAGUUUUGGAUGGCUUUCCUGAUGCCAUGAACACCAGAAGGAUACGAAUGGGGGGGCUUCACCUCACCAAAUUUCUGUGGCGUUGGCUGCAGCUGAGAUUCCCGCAACACCUGAAUGCUGUUACUCUGUCCAGGGCUGAGGAGAUUCUCCACACUCACAUGUACAUUGCAGAAGACUACAUGCCUGAAAUUGCAAAGUGGUCUGACGUUAAUUACUUUGAAAAGUUUGUGAGAAGAAUCCAACUUCCUUACGUAGCAGCGCCAAUCAGCACGGUAUCAGUGGAGCAGCAGAGAGAACGAAGGAAAGAAGCCGCCAGAAGACUGGUGGAACUGAAUGCAAAGAAGAGAGAAGAGAAGUUGAUAGAAGACGAGGCAGAACUUACACGUCUGGUGGAGCUUGAAGAAGCUAUGGAAGAGUUCACACCUGAUGAGCCUGAGUACCAGCAUGCACUUGAGGAGGCUGAAGUGUCCUCCCCCGAGGAACUUACCAAGAAGAUCUCAGUCCUGCAGCAAAAGAUAGAUAAGACCCGACAGAAAAUGUUGCAGGCCAGUAAUGCUGCGGCUGUUGAAGAAGAGGAGCCAAAACCUAAGAGAGUAUGUGAGGAAAUAAGCCCAAAGAAGAGAGCUGAUUUGGAGCAAUGGGUUGAGGAGGUUAAACAGCAGUGGCGUGAAAUUCAGGCCCGGAGAGCAGCAAGAAGACACAAAAGGCAGGAGAUGGCUAAACGUCGAACAGCAGCUUCCCAGGAAAGGAUGAGAAUCAUAUCACAGCUUGCAAGGAGGGAAAAGAAAGAUGAUAAUUUUGGUAUGCGCGACGAAGACUGGGACGUGUACAAGGCUAUCAACAAGGAGGGUGGAGGAUCAGACAGUGAAGAAGAGAACGAGAAAUUGCAGGAGCUCGAGUCAGCUCUCCGUCAGCACAGUCCGGAAUUCCUUGGGGAAACAACAAACAACAAGCCCACCUCAGUUGCAGAAAACUAUCAGCUUCUUCUGUCGACUGAACAGAUCAGGAUUGGUGAGCUUCUUUUCCAGCCGUAUAUGUAUGGACUAGAGCAAGGGGGCAUUACAGCAACUAUUCAGUAUGUCCUAGGUCUCUUUGAUGCCGAAACUCAGAACAAGCUUGUCAAGAAUGUGUUCCUGACUGGUGGUCCAGCAUCACUUCCAGGACUGAAGCCAAGAAUAGAACGGGAGCUUCUGGCCAUGAGACCAUUUGAGUCACAGUUCAGCGUCAGCCUAGCCAAGAACCCAGUGUUGGAUCCUUGGUAUGGGGCAAGAGACAGUGCUGACGAGUUAGUUACAAUGGGUCUGACAAGAGCCGACUACCAGGAACAUGGUGGUGAUAGGAUAAAACACCACAGAAGAGGCAACAAGUACUGGGCAUCACUGACCCCAGUAGCACCUGAGUCGGCCCCAAGUUCCACAGUUCCCAGUAAAGAGACCACACCGGCACCAGAGCCUGGAACAACAGUCGAACUCUUGCAAAAUGUUGAGGGCACGGCAGACUCUGCUUCCAAUUAGCUUUCUUUUUUUUUUUGCAGUAAUAAUGAGAACGUUGAGUAGUAGCUAUGGUCAAUAUUGAUAAUAAAUGAUGACAGGGAUAA